CGACAGCGCCUUUUGAUGACAUCAGACCGGUGACAUGUGCUACGGUUGUGGGAAGAUAUUGUGAUACAUGGUAACGACCGCAAGAUAAGUCCGAAAAAAUGUCCACCGAGGCGAGCAAUGACACGAAGCCAGUUACAGAUGGGGAUGAUGGUGCUGGGGUUGAAUCAGAGGAUAAUGAACAGAAUGAUACCCAAGCAGAUGAAACCGAGGUCCUCUCGAAGAGGCAGAGGAAGAGAUUGUUGAGGCUCCAGCAAUGGGAGGAGCGGAGGGACUUGCGCAAGCAACAGCGCAAGGAGAAGAAGCAGAAGAGGCGUCUGGAGAGGCAGGCUCAGGGUGAUGAGGAGACAGAGUGGUUGAUGAAGAAGCGCCGGUGUAAGGAGGCCACGCCCAGCUCUCUCAGACUGGUGGUGGACUGCAGCUUUGACAGCUUAAUGAUGCUGAGGGCUGUUAAGAAACUCCACAACCAAAUUCAGAGGUGCUAUGCUGAAAACAGGAGAGCUCUACACCCCGUGCAGUUUUAUUUGACCAGUCAUGGUGGACAGUUAAAGCAGAACAUGGAUGAAAAAGACAAAGGAUGGGUGAACUGGAAGGACAUCAGGAUCAUGCCAGAGCACUUCCAAGACGUUUUUGACAAGAAGGAGCUAGUGUACCUGACCUCCGACUCGCCCAUUGUUUUGGAAGAGCUGGACGAGAACAAGGCCUACGUGAUAGGAGGGCUGGUGGACCACAAUCAUCACAAGGGACUUACCUUUAAGCGUGCUCAGGAACUGGGGAUUGACCAUGCGCAGCUACCCCUGGGCAGUUUCGUCAAGAUGAACAGCCGUAAAGUGCUGACCGUUAACCACGUUUUUGAGAUCAUCCUAGCGUACUUGGAGAAGAGAGACUGGCAGGAGGCCUUCUUCACAGUCCUGCCCCAAAGGAAAGGGGCGAUCCCUGUGGGCCAGGAGGGCUCAGCCACCAAGGAUGAGGCAGAGGAGCAGGACUCGGACAGUGACUCUGACUCAGCAGAGCCAAUCGCCAAAAAAAAGUGCUUCGGUGCACGGGACCAACCGGAGAGCGGGGAGCAAGGUGGACAGGAGGCAGAGCACAGCCAAUCAGGGCAGCCCAUCACAGAAGGCACUGCAGCCUAGACCAAAUCAGUGCAUGAAAUUGUAUUAUUUGUUAUGAUCAAAAUGCCUUUUUUGAAAAGUGGUCUUAGUUUGAGAUGUGUGUGCAUGUGUGUGUAUGUGAGAGAGAGUGAGAGAGAGAGAGAGUGUACAGAUGAGAAUAUGAGAACUGGGUUUUCACAGAAAUGUAAUCUGCUUUGGUUUGGAAAAAUUCAUAUUGGCCGUAGUUGUCCACUGAAUGAUUUCUGGAGUAGUUAUUCUUGGCAGAAUAUUUUUUUCUGUGGUACUGUAUAGAUCAGAUACUGAAAAUGCACUACAGCUAUAAUGUACAAUGUGGUACAGUAAAGAUCAAUCCUCAAUUAGUCACAAUCAAGCAGACUAUCAAAUUCAAAAUAAUAAACAUGAAAUACUGCUAGACCAUUUCUUUAAUAUGAGGGUCCCUCAAUCUGCUGCUUGAUACAAAAUUGCACAGCUAAGUAUAUAAUAUCUGAAGUGUAUGGAAAGUGUUUUUUUUUUAUUUUUUUUUUUAAACAAUGCUUUAAUUUUUAUCGAUUACUUAAAGUUAUGAGAUACUGAUAAAAAAGUGUUUCUAGACAGUU